AUCCAUCCAUCCACAGUUGGAGCUCGAGCUGGAGCUGGAGCGGCCCCGCCAUCAACGCGCGGCCCAGCGGCGGGCGGCCCUCACACGAUGAACAGCGGGCCCCUCAACAACAACAACAACAACGACAGGACCUCCGCCGUUGUCGGCACCUUCUCCGCCGCGAUGGUGGCCCCCGAGCCCGGCUCCAGCACCACCCUGGCCAACCCCGGUGUCUCCUGGUUGCCCGACACCCCCACGCCACUGGAAGAGCCGAUUUUCCUGAUGACCACCGCUGCCCAGGGCGUCUCGGGGUUCUUUGUGUGGACGGCGCUCCUAAUUACCUGUCAGCAGAUUUACAUGCACCUGCGAUGCUACAGUGUCCCGAACGAGCAGAGACACAUUGUACGCAUCCUCUUCAUCGUCCCCAUCUACGCCUUCGACUCGUGGCUCAGUCUGCUCUUCUUCACCAACGACCAGUACUACAUCUACUUCAACACCGUCCGUGACUGCUACGAGGCGUUCGUGAUCUACAACUUCCUGAGCCUGUGCUAUGAAUACCUCGGCGGUGAAAGUGCAAUCAUGUCAGAGAUUCGUGGCAAGUCCAUUGAAUCAAGCUGUAUGUACGGGACAUGUUGCCUCUGGGGCAAGACCUACUCCAUUGGCUUUCUGCGCUUCUGCAAGCAGGCCACCCUCCAAUUCUGCGUGGUGAAACCACUGAUGGCCAUCAUCACCGUGGUUCUCCAAGCCUUCGGCAAAUACAAAGAUGGCGACUUCAACGUUGCCAGCGGUUACCUGUACGUGAUGAUCAUCUACAACAUCUCCGUCAGCCUCUCCCUCUACGCUCUCUUCCUCUUCUACUUUGCCACGCGUGACCUGCUCAGUCCCUACAGCCCCGUGCUCAAGUUCUUCAUGGUCAAGUCCGUCAUCUUCCUCUCCUUCUGGCAAGGAAUGCUGUUGGCCAUUCUGGAAAAGUGCGGAGCCAUCCCGAAGAUUUCCGUGGCCGAUGUCUCCGUGGGCGAGGGGACCGUGGCCGCCGGCUACCAGAACUUCAUCGUCUGCAUUGAGAUGUUCUUCGCCGCCAUCGCUCUGCGCUACGCCUUCACCUCCAAGGUGUACCGGGACAAGCGGGUGGACGCACAAGUGCUGGCGUAUGGUCCGUACGGACGUUGCGCCCCAAUGAAGAGCAUCUCAAGCAGCCUGAAGGAGACGAUGAACCCGAAUGAUAUUGUGCAGGACGCCAUCCACAACUUCUCUCCGGCGUACCAGCAGUACACCCAGCAGUCCACGCUGGACCGCAGCACACCCUGGCACCAAGGCCACGGUGUCUCCCGCACCCACAGCACCACCAGCGUCCGCGACACCGAGAAGACCCUCCUCCUCAGCUCCGACGACGAAUUCUGAGACCCUCGACGUCCGCGCGGCGAGAGUGUGAGAGAGAGAGAGAGAGCGACGGCGGUGAGCCGAGGGGCGGCCCCCCCCCUUCCAACCUCCCUGGGAUCGGGCCUGGAGGCCGGCGGCCAUUUUACCCCGGGGAACCGCAGGCGCCCAUGUACAAAAGAGAAAAAGACACAAAGUGCUGGAGUAACUCGGCAGGUCCGACCCGAAACAUCGCUUGCCCACAUUCUCCAGAGAUGCUGCCUGACCCGCUGAGUUACUCCAGCACUCUGUCCAUUUUGGCUUGGCAAUUGGACCGUUGCCUUCUGAAAGAAGAAUAUCGACCAAUUCAGGCCAAUUGUUUUUGGAAUAUAAACUUUUAUUUUUAAUGUG